UUAAUUCAGGCUCCUCAAAGCGGGUGCAAGAGUGUUUUCCCCCCCAGACACACAAGUGGCUAAACCGGGCCCGCUUUGGGGUCGCACUGGUUUGCAUUACGUCGCUCGAGCUGCACCUUUACCUUGACUGCCUAGUCUCCGCCUUGGUCUCCAUAUUUGGCUUGUCUAGCACACAUCCGCCCGUGCACACUAAUAGUGUUGUCCUGCGCUCGCAUUCGCGAGCCGCUCGGCGAGCAAAGACAGGAUGAGAUUCCUAGAAAAGAUGAAAAGUUUCUUAAAGAGCCAUAAAGACCUCGAGGACGACGUCACAAGCGAUGCGGCGGUGCAUGUCCGCCCGGCCUCAGCGUCGGUUCCUCGCGUGAAGCCGCCCGGCAAUGACGUCAAACCCAAGACGGUCAACGGACUGGCGUCUCCGGUCUCUGCGUCGCCGAUGCUAUGGCGCGUGGACUCGUCACACCUCGCUGCACAAACCCGCAUUGACAGGGUUGAAUCCAUCACGCGCGUCACGUCGCCACACAGCCGAUUUGAGACGACGAUCAUCGAGCGGCAAGGCAGCCGGGUGGUGCUCCAAGGCGUAAAGACGAUGAAGCCAGACUCGGACGACGAGGGAGAGGACGACACGGGAGGCUCUUCAUCAGCUGAGCCCUCCGCACCGCACUCUGGCCACGCCCAACCAGUAGCACACGCCGGCUCCCGCCCCUGCACACCCUCCCAAGCCGCCGCCGGCAGCCCCGGCUCCAGUGCCUUGCGCUUCGUCAACGUUGCCGCCCAAGGCGCCGGCGGCCCGGCACCUCCAGGCGCCCUGCCAGCCGUGGCGCCGCUAUCCCCUCGUGCCCCCGCCGCUCCGGCUCUCGGUGGUGGUGGCGGUGGUGGUGGCGGCGGUCCUGCCGGCGCCAUGCCUGCCAGCUUCCGCCGCGCGCCCAACCGCGUGGCCUCGCUGCCCAUGCUGCUGGACGGCGGCAUGCCAUGUGCGCCCCGACCGCUGGUGGAGGCGGAGGGGCUGCCCGAGCCCGAGCACGCAGGCCCGCAGGAGCCCGAGAAGCGCGUGCGGCGGCCGCCAAAGCGCAGUGAGUCCCUCAAGUACCUACUGCACCUGGACCAGUACAGCUUCAACCCGGACGUGUCUGUCAGCGAGGCGCGCGAGGUGGCGGCGGGCGCCGUCACCAUCACCCCGCAGGGGCGGCUGGAGGACAUCAUCAACACCAACGGCACCACCACCUCCAUCCUGGCGGUGUCCUCCGCGCUGCCGCACCGCAUGCGGCGCCCCCGCUGGAGCCUAGACGACUACCAGCUACUCAAGCAGCUGCACAAGGGAUACGCCUCAGACGUGUACCAGGCCCGCUGCAAGGUGACUGGCGAGGUCGUGGGGCUCAAGGUGUACAAGCUGGCGGGGCAGGGCGACAUCCAGCGCAUGCAGCUCUACCGCGAGAUCAAGCUGCACGCGGGGCUGCGCCACUCCAACGUGGUGCAGUACUACGCCUGCUUCCUGGAGCAGAACCGUGUGGUGCUUGUGGUGGAGUUCUGCACGGGCGGCGACCUGCUGCGCCUCAUGUACAAGUGCGGCGGGCGGCUGCUGGAGCGCCAGGCUGUCAACAUGGUGCUGCAGCCCUUCCUCACAGCGCUGCACUACCUGCACACACAGGGCAUCGUGCACCGUGACAUCAAGCCGGAGAACGUGUUGUUCGCGGAGGGGAAGAUCCUGAAGCUGGCGGACUUCGGGCUGGCCAUCAGCCUCAAGGAGGAGAGGGCCAACACGCGCGCGGGCACGCUUGACUACAUGGCGCCUGAGGUGCUUCGCUGCCCCACAAAGAAGACGCCCGAUGAGAACAAGGAGAACCCGCAGAGCGCGCACUACCACCAGUCCGUGGACGCGUGGGCGGUGGGCGUGUUCGCCUACGAGCUGAUUGUGGGCGCGCCGCCGUUCAAGGCGGCGCAGAUGAUUGACACGGCGCGCAACAUCAUCCACGCCAACGUGUCAUUCCCCGACGCCGUGUCGGACCUAGCCCGGGACUUCAUCUCGCGCGCACUGCACAAGGACGCCGCUGAGCGGCUUACGGUGCUGGAGAUGCUGCACCACCCCUGGAUCACCAUGUUCCAGCGCCGCAGCUCGGUGCGCAUCGUGUACACGCGCUCCAACUCGCUCAUGGAGCUCAUGCCGCCCACCGCCGACGGCCGGCAGCUGCAGCAGGGCGGCGGUGGCAGCAGCCGCCGCCGCUUCGAGGACCCGCCGAUCCCGGACGACGGCCGCGGCAGCGGCGGCAGCAGCAGCCACGGCGGGCACAGCGGCGCCAGCAGUGGCGCGGUGCCGGUCUCGCCACACGCGGGUGCGGUGCGCCGCGCGUCGCGGCUUGGCAAGGUGCCGUCGGGCCAUGCACCGCAUCCCAUCGCGGCGGCCGGAGCCGGAGGCGGAGGCGGCAGCGCUCCCCACUCGGGCUCGCACCCGGCGGUGUACGGCGGGGGCGGCGGUGCCAGCGGCAGCACAGGCACGGCCCUGUGCCCCACUGGCGCGGCGGCGCAUCACAGCGCGGAAAGCGGCGUGGCAGGCUCGGCGGCCGAAGGCUCGCGGGUGGCGCGUCUGCUGCUGCAGCAGCAGUACGGGCUGUAGCUAUAGCAGCAGGUCGUGAUGGCAGGAGCAGUGAGCGGCGCAUGGGGAGAGGCGCAGGCGGUGGCAGGGCGCGCCGGGAAGCACUGGCGAGGUGUGACGCUGCAGGCCUGGUCGUCUGCGUGUCAGUCCACAGCGUGCCCUGGGGUGCGAUAUUUUUGCUGCUGCGGGUUACUGGUACUGUCGCAGAGAUCUUGCGCAGGCGCAAAUUCGGCGGAUUCUUCUUUACUCGCAGAACUGUUGAUAAGGGGGUGUUCAGGGCACAGCGCUCACUGACAACAUUCAUUAGGAUUGCCUUGACAAGAAAAGGUGGCUCUCGCCCUCGAGGGAAAAGUGGGCUGUCCACGCCACGUUGGUGCAAUGUCUGGAUCGGAUUGCCUUGAAACAAUGAAUGGACGGGCAACUGCUGUUGCGGUUGCAAUCAAGCUAGGCCCAAAUUGGCCGUUCGGGUCCGAUCUGGUGGGUAUGGGGGUGGUUGCACAGCGCUGCAAGUGCGCUGAGCUUCAAGACGUUCGUCGCAUCGCAUGCAGAUGCAAACGGCGCGGCGGCAGCGGCAGUGGUGGGCGCCCCUGGCGUGGGCGGGUUGUCGGCGUCGGCAAAAGGAGUCACGAAGCACUCAGCUUGACACGUCAUGUGUGUAUGUGGAAGUGUUGAUGACACUUCAUAAGUGUACAUGCGAAUGAGUCGAUGUGGCUCCGCGGGGUCGGCCGGUCAGUGUGAGACGGCGGCGUGGGGGGGGGCUUGUGGGGACUGGGGUUGGUGCGGGCCGGGGCGUCACCACGCACCCGCACCUCGCGCCCCACGUGCUUCAAGUGCUGCUCGCUCAGCUGGUGGUCGUUCACGUGUGGCGCGCAUGUGGGAACGUGUAUGGGGGGUUGGUUUGAGUUCGGGGAUUCUGAAGUUACUGAGUUUACAGAGGCGGGGUGGGUGGCUAGGGGCGUGUACAUCCGAUGCGCGGGCGGGGGGUUGAAUGCAGGGCUGAGCAGCGCCCGUUGGAGGCGCUGCAAGCACACUACAUACCUGUGAUGAAUGCGCAUGAGGUCUCGUAGUGUCCCCUAGGCGGCUUGCGCGCCCCAAAGGACUUGUUCUUUGAGUGCCGUUGUCAGUGCUGUUGUACUUCGGCCCAUUUGCUUGCCUUUAUCCAAUUUAGCUAUGAUGUGAAGCAGCACGGAUUUCCUUAUGAGCUGUUCAGUGAUUACUUCGCUUGGGUUGCUGAAGCCAGAGACUGCAGGGGAGUUGGGCUUCUGUUGGGCCCGGUUGCUAUCCGAAUUCCAACGCAAAAUGCAUGCAGCCCAACCUUGAUGUGGUGAAUGAUGAUGGCCUACGUCGUCUGGUAGCGGCUACGCCCGUCUUUGUGGCCGGUUUACGGGCUCGGUAAGAGAGUCUGGGCCGACUCCUCAGCAUGACGGUGCGAGACGGCGACAAACACACGCUUGGCAGUUUGCGAACGACACGUGAUCUGCAUGCAUAACGUAGUGACUACGGCCCCAGACAGGGGUUCAUUGUUCUUCGCAUGGCCGCGUGUCCGUAUUUAUUACAGUUGGACUAGACUGAGGGAUGUCGCAACGAAUGCAGCAUGCAGUCCUGCAGGGCAGUGCUCCGUUUUAUUUCGGCAAGUUUAAUGGCAGCUGGGCGGCAGGGAGUGUGUGGUCCUGGGAUUGCCGGCGCCAAGUAAGAGUGUGCUGGAUGGUAGCUGGUGCGUGAUGGUAGCUGGUGGCAGCAUCCAGCAGCAUCUCUGUGGCGGUGUGACUCACUUCUGUUGCGUCGCGGGCAUCGCAGCCCGUUCAAGUUCGAGUAGGCUUUUGGGCGUGGGCAUGUUCUGUUGCGUGUACCAGUAGGCUGACUGGAUCCGGGUGAUGUGUAACCCAAUUGCUCCGACA